CUGGCCCAAAGGACUCGGUCCUCGGUCAAUUGGACUGAUGCGAAGAGGAGGGUCUUGACGACCUAUCGCGACUGGUUGCGAUCGGCACCUGAGAUCCAAACCAUGUAUUCGCUCAACAUGCCCACCUCUGCAAUUCGAACGAAGAUACGCCAGGAAUUCGAAAGGCAUAGAUAUGUCGCACAGCUACCGACGGUGGACGUACUUAUAACACAUUCGCAUCAAGAGUUACAGGAGACAUUGAACUACUGGAAGCAGUUGACACAUGUGUUGAAAUAUUUCCGGGCGGAAGAGGACAAGACCGCGGCGAAGCUGCCGAGCAACUUCAUGCAAGGCUUCUUAGAGGGACGAAACUGAGGUGUGGCUGGGAGCUUUCAAGCAUUGUACAUACAUGUCAUAUCCUAGCUAUAAGGACUUUUCGGGUAUUCCAGGGCGCCUUGAAAUGCAAAAAAUGAUUACCCUUGAAUAACCUGUCAUGAGGAUCAUGCUGAACUUUCUAUUCCUGUUGAUCAUUGAACUCAUCCCUUGAAAUAGUGAAUUUGUCGAUGACAACAUCACAGAGGUCCAUCAGGUCAUUCAAGCCCUUCUCAAGCACCUUUCGGACAUUGGCACC